AUGGAGUCCUUCGACGAAAUCGUGGAGAAGCAGAAUCAGCUGAUCACCUCCAUGUCGAAGGCAACCACCAACUUUAAGAAGCUGGGUCAAGCUAGGAUGACCCAUGCGACUACCAUGAGCCGAAUUGAACGAGUGAAGGAGCUGUUCCGAGAAAUCAGACUGCUGGACGCCAAGCUGCGAUUCCUGUCCGAUGCAAAAUCCUUGCUGGAACAUCCAUACUUCAAGGACAACCUAUUUGAACGCUGUGAGGAGAUCAAGGACGCAACCAUCGACUACAUGACCGAAGUCGCCGCGCAGACUUCCCAGAACGCCAGCCUCGAUACAUCUCAAGCAAAAGCGCUCUUAUCGUUACCGAUCGUUGUACAAGAAACCGCGAAGGACUUGCAAACAUUACGAGAUACCGCUAAUAUGUCGAUACAAGCGUUGAAAAAUCUUGGUCGUUCGGUAGAAACCUGGGAUGACAUUCUAAUACACCUUGUAUCUCAAAAACUUGAUAAAGCUUCGCGGAAAGCAUGGGAAUUAAAAUUAAGCGAGUCCCAAGAGUUACCGUCGUAUACCGAACUCAACGAGUUUUUGGACAAUCGCGUCCGUGCCUUCGAAGUUAUAUCGCCAUUCAAACAAAGCAGCGCAACGAAACCAACCGCGUCGAAAUCCAAAGCAACUAAAUCAAUUUCCUCACAUUCGACGGCGGUGAAAUUCGAAUGCGUAAUUUGUAAAGGACAACAUCCUCUAUUUAAAUGCGUCCAAUUCUUAUCGUACACGCCCGAACGUCGAUUCGAAUUUAUUAAAACUAGUAAACGCUGUUAUAACUGUCUCGCCGCGAAUCAUACGUUACGGGAUUGCAAAAACGAAUACCGGUGUCGAGAGUGUCAACAAAAACAUCACUCGCUUCUUCAUACCUCGAAGUCAGCAGGGUUACCGUACGACGAAUCUUCCAGUUCGAACGAGACAACCAAGACAAAUCAGAACGACGGUAUUGUCUCGCUCACCGUGUCAAGGCCUUUGACCGCGACUUCAGCUGUCCUCCUCGCUACCGCACGCGUUCGAAUAUAUUCGCCGCGCGAUCGCUUUGUUUGUGCUCGCGCGUUAAUCGAUCAAGGUUCCGCGGCUACAUUAAUUUCCGAAAACCUUGCACAACUGCUUCGUCUUCCCCGAAUCAACCAAAGUAUUUGCAUCACCGGCAUCGGGAAUACGAAAUCCUCUGCUCGUUGCGCUGCCCGCGUACGCGUCAGCCCCGCCACAAGCCACGCACCUGCGUAUUCGACAACGGCAAUUGUAUUGCCAUCGUUGACUCAUUACACACCGGCGCGCGUACCAACACAAGCACAAUGGGACCACGUCAGUAAUUUAGAAUUAGCUGAUCCUGAAUUCCUUAAUUCUGAUCCCAUCGACCUUAUCCUAGGGGCCGACUUAUAUAGCGUCAUCCUUCGGGACGGACUCCGAAAAGGCGCUAUUAACGAACCUAUUGCUCAGAAUACCGCUUUCGGCUGGAUUCUUUCCGGAUCCAUUGCCGAUUCCAAUUCCAAUACCGUGUGUACACACCACGGGACCGUUUUCGACGGUCUCGAACAAGCGCUCCGUCGAUUUUGGGAAAUCGAGGACAUACCGAAUCCUAGUCUUCCAAGCCCGGAAGACCAACGAUGCGAGGAACAUUUCCUCGCAACUCAUUACCGAGAUGCCGAAGGACGAUACGUCGUACGUCUUCCGUUCCGAACCGGGCCCCCAAUAAAACUCGGCGACUCCCGAGCUAUCGCUUUAUCGAACUUGCACCGCGUGGAGCGACAGCUUCAACGUACUCCUGCUACCGCCGCGGAAUAUUCCGCGUUCCUAGAAGAAUACCAGCAACUCGGUCACAUGGAGAAGAUCGGUCGGUUCGAAGCUCCAGACCGAGCACCGGAAUAUUAUAUUCCACACCGAGCGGUGAUCCGCGAACAUAGCGAUACGACACGACUCCGAGUCGUUUUUAACGCUUCGUGCCGAACUACCAAUGGUCAGUCAUUAAACGACUUCCUCCUCGUCGGCUCAAAACUGCAAACCAAUCUCCUUGCAGUCAUCUUACAUUGGCGCCAACAUCGAUACGUUUUGUCAGCCGACAUUGCAAAAAUGUAUCGGCAAAUCCUAAUCGAUCCUCGUGAUACAAAGUAUCAAUGCAUUCUUUGGCGAUCUUCCCCGUCGGCUCCCGUCGAAGAGUUCCGACUCCUUACAGUCACGUACGGCACUGCCGCCGCACCGUUCCUCGCGCUCCGCGUCUUACAGCAGUUAGCUUUGGAUGAGGGAGCUCCUUUCCCUCUUGCCGUACCCGUCAUACAACGACAAACCUAUGUCGAUGACUGUAUUUUCGGAGCGGAUGAUCUCGAAUCCACACAGCAAACUCGUAAUCAAUUAAUUUCGCUCCUCUCUAAAGGUGGAUUCCGUUUGCGCAAAUGGGCGAGCAAUUGCCCCGCGCUCCUUAACGAUCUCGAUCCGUCAGACCAUGGUCUUGCUGGCCGCAAAGAACUGCAACACGAUGAAGCUAUUAAAAUCCUCGGUGUUUCGUGGAAUCCGGAACAAGACUUGUUUAAAUUCCACGUUUCCCAAUCAAGUCCAAUUGCCAAAACAAAACGCGAGAUCCUAUCGAUAAUUUCAAAAUUCUUUGAUCCGCUGGGCUGGGUUGCUCCCGUCACAGUCACCGCCAAGAUAUUCUUACAACGCUUAUGGUCGAUUAAAUGCUCAUGGGAUGCCGACAUCCCUGCGGAGAUUUUUAAGGAAUGGGAGAAAUUUCAAACUAAGUUACCGCUUCUCGAACAAAUAACCAUUCCGCGUUGGACUCAUUAUCAUCCUAGUUGUAACAAGAUCGAGCUUCAUGGGUUCUCAGACGCUUCUACGAAAGCAUAUGCGGCAUCCCUCUAUUUACGAGUCAUCUCGUCUGACGGAAGCAUUACCAAUACGUUGUUAAUGGCCAAAUCGAAAGUUGCACCCCUUAAAAUCCUGAGCGUUCCUCGCCUGGAGCUUUGUGCAGCGCUGCUCUUAGCUCAACUUAUGACCUUUGUCCGUUCCACUUUCUUAGUCAACAAAAUCGAUUAUUGGUGCUGGACGGAUUCAAUGAUCGUCCUCGCCUGGUUAAAGCAACCGCCGUCGCGAUGGAAAACCUUCGUCGCGAACCGAGUUUCCAAAAUCCAACUGUUACUUCCCGAAGGAAAAUGGAACCACGUUCCUACCCACGAUAAUCCUGCCGAUUGCGCAUCCCGUGGAAUGGAUCCCGACAACCUCCGCGAUCACACUCUAUGGUGGAUCGGCCCUCCGUGGUUGCAAGCUAACGACGAUAAAUGGUCAGAGUUACCGAAUUUCGAAACUCCAGUGCUACCGAAAGACGUUGAUACCGAGCGACGCGCUUCAAUCACUCUAUGCGCGACUUGUGCAUCAAGUUCAUGGGAUCUACAGUCUCGAUUCUCUUCAUGGACUAAAUUACUUCGAGUUACCGCCUAUAUCUUCCGAUACAUUCAAAACCUGAAAUCUAAGCGUGAGAAAACAAACAAUCCUCACAUUGCUACCAAGCGAAAUUUAUAUGCCCUCCAUCCUCACGAAAUACAAAUUGCCAAAAUCUUUUGGAUCAAAUAG